AUUUAAUUGAUUUUAUUUUGAGAUGUAUUCAUAUCAAAUAGGUUAGCCAUCAGUGAAUUAGAACACAACUUCUCAAAAUUAAAUACAAUAAUAUUAAUAACGCUUAUAAAAUUAAGGUUAAUAGAAUUAUCAAUAUUAUGAUGAAUAAUAUGAAUAAAAUUACCAAAAAUAAUGCAAACCAUAAAAUAAUGAAAAAAAUGUAUUAUAUAACGAAUAACAAUAAUCCUAUGAAUUGCAAGUUUCACCAACUUAGUAGAAAUACUCAUAACCAUAAUAACCAGAAUAAUAAUAAUAACAAUAAUAAGAAUAAUAGCCUAAAUUAUAAUAAGUCAAAGGAAGUGGAGUUGGAAAUGAAAAAUUAGGACAUUAAAAUAAAAAGAAACCAUAAUAAUAAUAAUAAUAACAAUAAUAAGGAUAAUAGUUUAAAUUAUACCAAGUCAAAGGAAGUGGAAUUGGAAAUGGAAAAUUAGAACAUUAAAAUAAUUAGAAACAAUAAUAACCAUAAUAAUAAUAACAAUAAUAAGAAUAAUAGCCUAAAUUAUAAUAAGUCAAAGAAAAUGAAAAUGAAAAAGUAGAAUUUUAAAAUAAUGAGAAACACUAAUAACCAUAAUAAUAAUAAUAACAAUAAUAAGGAUAAUAUUCUAAAUUCUACCAAGUCAAAGGAAGUGGAGUUGGAAAUGGAAAAUUAGAACAUUAAAAUAAUUAGAAACAAUAAUAACCAUAAUAAUAAUAAUAAUAAUAAGAAUAAUAAGAAUAAGAAUAAGAAUAAGAGCCUAAAUUAUAAUAAGUCAAAGAAAAUGAAAAUGGAAAAGCAGAAUUUUAAAAUAAUUAGAAUCACUAAUAACCAUAAUAAUAAUAAAAAUAAUAACAAUAAUAAGAAUAAUAGCCUAAAGUAUAAUAAGUCAAAGAAAAUGAAAAUGGAAAAGUAGAAUUUUAAAAUAAUUAGAAUCACUAAUAACCAUAAUAAUAAUAUUAAUAAUAGAAUUAUUAUAAGGGAUCAAAAAUAUAAGAAUAGUAGGGUUAGUCAACAUAAUAAUAGCAAUAAAAAGAAUAAUAAUAAUAGAAAUAGUAAACAGAAUAGUAAUUAAAUGAAGAAGAAAAAGGAAAAAUAGAAUAAUAAUAAGAAAAACAAUAAGAAUAAAAAGAUUAAUCAACUUAAUAAUAACAAUAAUAAAAAUAAAAUUCAGAAUCUAAUGAGUAAGAUCAAAAAGGAAAAAUAUAAUUGAAUAAAAGCUAGGAAGAUUUUUAAAAAUAAAAUACAAUUUCAGAUCUUCUGGAAAGAAAUGAAAAUAGGCAAUAAUUAAUUUACUUAAUUUUAUAGAAAAUAAAUAAAAAUUCUUCUGAUAGUAGGGCUGUUUCAGAAUAAUAUAAAAGAUAUAUCUAAGAUUAACAUGAUAAAAAUGAUUUAUCUAAAGAGUAUAAUAUCAAAAGGUUAGCAACAAAAUAAUAGUUGUAUCAAAUUUGCCAAGGUUAUAUUUAAGUUAGAGGAGAUGGUAACUGCUUUUAUACUGCUUUUGGAUAUCAAUUCUUAAAGCAUCUAUUAAUUACAUAUUAGGAUGAUUAAUUCAAUUAAUUUAUUUAUAACAUAAAAAAUAUUAAUUUGAGAUGUAGGAUACAAAUUAAAGAUUUUAAAAUAGAUAAUUUAGAAUUAGAAAAAUAAAUUUUGGAUGAAUUCAUAUAUUAAAUAUAAUAAUUGAGAAUCAUUGAAGACAUUGAAGAAAGAAAGCAAGAAUUAUUAAAUUAAUUUUCACAAUAUGAACUUGAACAAGAUGGAACUGCGUUUUUAUAUGCAUUAUCAACUAUAUUCUUUAGAAAUCUUAGUUAUUAUCUUGUUGAAUAAGAUGCUGAAGCAAAAACUUUAAUUGGUGAUCAGUAAAACAACUUAUUGAUUUGGGAAACCGAAUGUAAUAGUAACGAAAUUGUUAUUAUGCUGUUAGCUAAAUACUUAAAAUUGUAUUUUAUUUAAUUUAUCAUUAGAAAUAUUACACUGAUAUUUUUUGAGAAUGAAGAGUUCAUCGUAAAUUAAUAUGAAGAAAAAAAUGAAAAUAAAAUAAUUUUACUAAUAAGACCUGGACACUAUAACAUCGGUACUAUACAUGAUGCCUGA